AUGGACGACGUCUUCGUGACGCGGCACGGCGCCCGACUAGACAAUGGCCCAGACCGGCAGGCGGGCUGGAUGCAGAAGUUCGGGCUGCCACGGGACGACGCGCCCCUCUCUCCGCAUGGGGAGACAGCGGCGAUGGAGCUGGCGGCACGGAUGGCCGAGCACAACGAGGAGAUCCCAAUCGCGCAUGUAGUGUCGUCCCCCUUCAUCAGGUGCGUCCAGACUGCAAGCAUCGUGGCGCAGACCCUCAGCCUGAGCGUCAAGGUCGAGCCAGGGAUCUGCGAGAUCCUGUCCACGUUCCCUCCAGGCUUCAUGCGGCCAGAGGAGGCGAAGGAGAGGUUCGGCGCCGCGAUCGACCUCGAGUACGAGCCCGUGGUGGAUGCCGGCAGCCUGAGCCCCGAGUUCAGCGACGGCCAGGCAGCGACGCGCGCGGCGCGUGCGGCCAGCAAGGUGCGGGAAAAUCUGGGCGGGCGUCCUGGCAUCCUCUUCUGUGGUCAUGGCGCCUCCUGCCUGGGCAUCGUGGAGGCCUUUGGGGGCUGCGGCUACAUCGGGUACUGCUCCCUGUCCCGCUUUGCGCGGCAGGUGGAGGGGCGGCAGUGGAGCUGCGUGGGCGAGCAGGGGGACGUGUCGCACUUAUCGGACAAGCGGACCUCGCUGAACAGCGCGUUCUGA